GCUGCCGACGGCCUCUAUGUACCCUCCGCGUUCUGUUAGUUCUCGAAUCUGAACUCCUGCGUAAACUAUGCACCCGUUUGCUACCUACGUAAUCCGGAGCUACUACAAAGCUAUUGGCUGGAGUGAAGACGACUUCUAUGCUCACAUAACGCGUUCAUCCAAUGCUAUACUGGACUUUGAUGUCCCGUCCGGACUAAAGUUCGCGAUCUCCAAGUCGCCCAAUCCAUCGUUCAAAACCUCAUAUUCCAUGAGUGCUUUGCCAUCAUUGCACGGUUCAAUAGGGUACAUCUUCACGUCAUGCAACUUGGAUAUCAGGGGCUCGGGCAAUGUGCGAGUGAAGGAUAUGGUGGAUCGCUUCAGGGUGUAUGACCAGCCACGGAGGCCCGAGGGCAAGCCGGAAGAGUGGCUAGCGGGCGAACGUGUGGACACGCGUGAUUACCUGUUGUACGGAAGGAUUUAUGUCCCGACGGGCCGUCUGGAAGCCAUCUAUUCAACACAAGUUACCCCUACGCUCCAGGCUCUUGUCGCAGCUAUCUCGGAUCCACGGCAUAGUCUGUAUAGUGGUGAACGGCACCGCAGCGGGGCUUCUCCGAGCAACGUUCUGGUCAAGCUCCAGCACUCGACCGGUCGUUGGUGUACAGAGUAUUCGUGGAGUGCGGAGGACCAGAUGUGGGGUGUGCAGUGUAUGCAUAAUUUCGGCAAGCUAGGGACUUCGACUUCGCAUGACACUCCAGAUGAUGCCUCGAAAGAGAAGCCGAAGAGAGUAGACGAGGAGGACGCUAUGGAAGGUGGGCUUAAAGGCCGUAUCUCAGCAGGGGCUGAGUUCUACUUGAGCACCAAGGAGAAAAGUGCUGGAGUGUCUGCCGGAAUUCGAUUUACGACUUUACCGGACGCAACUCCGCCGUCUGCACAGGUUCCGCAGCCUCCGAAUGGCGCGACAGCUCCGCCGGGUCCUCCUUCCCAGCCACCUACCACUAUAACUGCUGUGUUUAACCCAAUGCUUGGACACGUAUCUGGGGCCUAUGCUGCUCGUGUAUCGCGAGACCUUUCACUUUGUUCUCGCUUUGACUUCAAUGUCUAUAGUUACGAGAGCGAAUGGUCUCUAGGUGCCGAGUGGUGGACGCGUCGGCAUAAGCCAAAGAGCGAGUCGCCUGUAGUGCCGGACCUUUCGUCUCCAACUUUGCCCCUCGUCGUGACACCUGUGCAGCCGCCACCUCCUCCCCAAAAUGACGAUAUUCAAGGAGUGGUCAAAGCUCGCGCGUCAACAACCACUGACGUCUCGCUGAUGUGGGAAGGACGGAUUCGUAAUUUACUGGUUAGCUUAGGAAUAACCUCAAACUUGUCCAGCCGCGCGAAACCGAUAAAAGCAGUUGGGCUCGAGAUAUCGUAUUUCGGUUCAGAAUAAACAGUGUAUAUAUUGCCCACAGAGCUCGGCUUGGUUCAAAGAGGCGAGAUUCAAGCUUGUUAUUUUUGCUACAGCGAUCCGAGCGAAUAACCCAUCAUUACAUGUGUACCGAUUUACAUAUUACCACGCUAUACACUCGCCCGCAAAAAUGGCCGUGACGGAUAUUACAGUGGAGGGGGCCGGAUGGGUAUCAAUAUAUCAAGCACAGUAGGUAACCAACACGAGUCCGAGUUCAAAGCAGGAAACAGAGAGGAGAUUUGGCGAAUAAGAUACAAGCGAUAGAUGUCGCGUGCGUAGAGAUCGCACCCUUCAGUCGGACUUGACAGCCGCAGCGGCUUCCUUCUCCCUGCGGGGCAGCGGUGAACCUCCAAGCGUCCUAGCAAGCCUGGAGAUCGCAUCGACGGAGAUGACGGGACGCGUCGUGUGUGCGCGCGUGUGAGCGUGGACGGUCCCGGGCCCGGCGGGCGGGGUGGAAUGGUUGCGUCCGUGUGUGAAUACAUCCCCUCGGCGCGGGCGAUCGCUGUCCGAGUGGUGCUCUAAAUUGAAUCGCCCGACGGUGUGCGCACGAUUGUGCGACGGGUUGAACCCACCUCGGGGAGGACGGGGCCCAAGGUACUGAGGCGCAGAUGCCGAAGGUGUUAUAGCGUGGAUCGAUGCAUUCAAGCUGCGAUCGGAAGGCGAUGGAGAAGAGUCCUUCGACGGGAAGUCUGAGAGACUUGAGCGGGGUAGUGCGUGUCUUGGCGAAGAGACGCCUUCGUUGCGCACAGAUCCAAUAUACCCCUUCUGUGGAGAUGGCGUCCUCGAGGGCUUCGAAGAUCCACUAACUGAUCGCGACGCUGUAGAGGCUGGAGCUACGCUGCUACCAACAUUGGUGUCCUUCGCAUCAGUAUCCGAACGUGAUGUGCUUGUCGGAAUAUUAGGAUUGACGGCACUAGGAGGGACCGUUUCUCGGGGUGUCUCGUCCCCUGCACGUCCAUCUUUCGCAUCCUCAUGAACCUCGUGCAGCUUAAUGGAGGGCGUAGGUAUGUCGACGUCGUUUAAAGUGGGUAAAGGCUUGAGUGUGUCCUGGAGAAUUGGGGAAAUGACACUAGCAGCGCUCUCUUCAGAGACGCUCGUUGUAUCUGCAGAGACGGCAGUCGGGUGGACACCCCAAUCAUCCAAGUCGGGAAGGCUAUCAUCAUCGUCGCCAGCCCAGUCGAUGUGGCUCCCAGGAGUAUGAGGUCGAUCCAUCGCCACCGCACGGACACGUUCCACAAGAGCAUCAAUAUCAUGCUUGAUAUCGAACGGUGUUGCUACAUGUUUGGGUGGUAGGGGAGCGAGGUGAGGGGGGAGGUCCUUGGGUGGCGGCACAGCCUUCUCUUUGAGGAUACCGUUUUCGGGGGACAAUGAAGGCUUCCUUUGUACAGAAGGAGGUAUGACAGUGGAUGGCUGAGAAGCCUUGCUAUUGCCACGUUUCCGACGUGACGGCGUGCGGGGUGACACGGAGGGCGAGGAAGAGGGGUUGGAUGCGGACGUUACGGAGGCAUCCACAUUCAGACUCGGUCCCCUGCGCUGUCCUUUCGGCUCCGACCCUCGGCGGGCAGGCUUGGAUGCACUAGAUCCUUUGGACGGAGGAGCACCUUGGGUUUGAUCUGCAGGAGCAGUAGAUGAUGGUUGGACAGGGGAUUUGGGAAGAUCGGAGGAAGGCUUCUCCUGCGCUUGGUUCGCGUUUGCACCAGAUUUACUGGAUGCGACCUCAGGUUUGGACGGUGUCGUGCCUUUGCCGUUGGCGGGCCUUCCUCCCCUUCCACGACCACCUCUACCUCUCGGGCCUCCUCUGCCUGUGCCGCGAGAUGCGGCACCGGGCUC